AUGUCGUCAGCCGCCGUUCCUUAUACCGUUACGUUCCACCGCCCCGGGACUGAGCCCCCCGUGUUCCUGGCUGGUAACUUUGCGAACCUGGAAUGGGGGCUCCAGGAGAUGGAAUUCUCUCGCAAGGACGGAGGUGAAUAUUUCUUCGAGUCCCGCGUAUUCGGUGAGCCUGGGAGGGAGUAUCAGUUCAAGUUCAGGGCUGGCAAAGAGGGGCCCUGGAUGGUGGAUGAGAAUAGAGCCACCGCUACGGACGAAAUGGGCAAUCGCAACAACGUCCUCAAAAUGCCCAAGAACUACGUGCCCAAGCUCAAAGGGGAAGAGCAAAGACGGACCUCAACCCCCAUUGAGCAAGUGGCCUCGGUUGCAGCCGAAGUGGCGGAUACAGCUGCAAAACUCGAUGAGCAAGACGACUCGACCCCUCCCAUCAGCAGGUCCGGCGGAGAGAGCGAAAUUGAUGAAGAACUUAAAACCCCCUUGUUUGCCCACGAGUGUUUCGGCGCAUACAACUAUGUGGACGAUGCCUUGGAUCACCAAGCUCUUGAUGAUGAUAAAUUGCGGCGGGAAUCUUCGAAGCCGAGGUUCGACGAGUUCAACAUUGACGAAGUGGAUAUCAAUGAUCCCACCAUCGAGCAGUUUCCGUGCGACAAAACGGCCAUCUUCAGCACUCUACGCAAGAUUCAGUCGAGUCUGGCAGAAGACCAAGCCGUCAUUGAUGAUACACAACCGUCGCCUCGAAUGGACGCAAGAAGGUUCAGCGUGGAUUCUGAUGAUAGUGUCCUGUCUGCAGGUUCUCUCAGCCCAGCCACGGCAAGAAAGAGGGAGAAUCGCAUGUCAACCAGCAGCGGCCGCAACAGGUCUCUUGUAUCACUGGGCUCCAUUGCCGAAGAGCCCAAAACACCGGGUCCCGAGGAGGGCGCCCAUCCAGUGGCCACGGCCGGCUAUAUGAAGAAUGACACUGGCUUUGGUCCCGCAAACUCGGUCUGCUUACGCUGUGUCUACACAAUCCGAAGCCGGCCUCUUACACAGCCCUCACUGAGCCCGUCAAUACUUCCCUCGGUGCAGCCACAGCCAUGUCUGGGCCAGCGCUCCUUCACGCAGCGAGCCAGGGACAGGCCCUCGCGCAUGAUCCUCGCCGACCAAGUCCACAAAACACCCCGUCUGGGUCGGGAUGACCGCAAGCCGCGCCGAGAAAGAAUCGCAGGUCCCUUUGCCGGCAUGAACCGGACGGUAGCCAACAUUGACCCCAGCCGGGCGGCGGCAAGAGCUCGCUCGGUCGAUCGCAAAGACUCCAAAGACGACAGCAGGCGGCGGCCGCCAAACGAUAGAAAGGCGCUCAAGAUGCAGCGGGCACUGGCGUCGGUGUCCUAUAGCAAACGCACGUCGCUGAAAGAGAAGAUGCAGAGCUACGAGUCGUUUGAUCAGUUUGACCUUCUUCCUGCGGUCAAGACGGCCAUCGGCGACGAGGUCUUCGCAGGAAUGGUUGACAUUCGUCCGACACCGGUGCAGCGGCUGGCGAUUCCGGCGCUGCUGGGACAAAAAGAGCCAGGAGAGAAGAGGGCUCAACAGGAGAGGCAGUCGUCGUUCCUGUUGGCGGCGGAGACUGGAUCGGGCAAAACGCUUGCCUAUCUGCUGCCGGCCAUUGAUGCGCUGAAGAGGGCCGAGGCCGAGGAUCCGGAGAUUCAGGCCUACAAGGAGCGUGCUCAAAUCGAGAAGGAGCGUCAAAAGGCCGCGGAUUUCAAAGGAAAGCCCUUUGAGGAGCCUCAUCCCACCAUGGCCAGGCCAAAGGUUGUCGUGCUGGUCCCGACAGCCGAGCUGGCUCACCAAGUCGGGCUGGUGGCCAAGAAGCUGUCGCAUGCGGUCAAAUUCAAGACGGAGAUCUUAUCAUCGAACCUGAAGCCCCAGCAGAUCCAGAGGAACCUGUACGGACCCAAGGGACUCGAUCUCGUCAUCUCGACACCUCAUCUGCUGGCCUCGAUUGCAGAUUCCGACCCCAACAUUCUUUCUCGAGUCUCCCACUUGAUCAUUGACGAAGCCGAUUCGCUUUUCGAUCGGAGCUUCUCUGCCGUGACUUCAAGCAUCGUGGAGCGCUCAACGCCCUCCAUGAAGCAGCUCAUCUGCUGCUCGGCAACGAUCCCGAGAAAGCUCAACAACUACCUGGCCACCAACUAUCCCAAGAUGGUCAGAAUCACGACGCCGAACCUGCAUGCCAUCCCCCGACGUGUCCAGCUCGGCGUCAUCGACGUCUCCAAGGAUCCCUACCGCAACAACAAAGACCUUGCGUGUGCCGACGCAAUCUACACCAUCGGGCGAGAGGCCUCGCAGCACGAGAACCUGCUGAAGGACGAAAUCGACGUCCGCCGCAUCAUAGUCUUUGUCAACGAGCGAGAGAAGACGGAACAGGUCGCCGAGUAUCUCCGCUCCAAGGGAAUCGAUGCUCAAGCUCUGCAUAGAGACACUCCCGAGAAGCGUCACGGCGAGACCCUCGAGACUUUCACCACGUCCGAGCCGCUGCGGAUCAUUGCGCCCCCCAACCCAUCGCGGAAACGAUCUUUGGCAAACGUCAAGGUCCUGGUGGUGACUGAUCUGGCGUCCAGAGGCAUUGACACUCUCGCUGUUCGACACGUCAUCCUAUACGACGUUCCCCAUACUACGAUUGACUUCAUCCACCGUCUGGGGCGGGCUGGAAGAAUGGGCCGACGAGGCAGAGGCAUUGUGCUUGUGGGUAACGAUGACAGGAGGGAUGUUGUUGCUGAUGUGAAGAAGAGCAUGUUUAUGGCUCGAGGAGCAGCCAGAGCCGCUGCACAGCCUCCAAGCAGCAGCAGCCCCAGCAUCGCAGGCGAUCAGAAAACAGAGACCAGAGGACGCCCCAGAGGACGCCCGAGGAAGAAUCCGCUCCCCGCUACACGGCCCAGCAUCAGCGAAGAAGACGCCAUCCAGGCCGCAACCCGCACCCGCGACGAGGCGCUUGAGAAGCUCGCCAACAAAGAUGCGACCACAACAAGCGACGAGACGGCACCACGCGCAAGCUCGCGGAGCUCCAUAGAGCUCGGGCGAUUCACCGCGACGACUACGCCUGGGCGCAACCGACGAGACACGAGCGGGCUGGAUCUGGCCGACAGCGUUUUCGGCGACUUGGAGGACAGCUUCGCGGAGGGUAACAUUCCCGGCUCGGCGCGCUCGGGAGAUAUUUCGAACAUGUCGUAUAGCGCGCUGCGCUCUCAGUCGCGUCGGUCUAGUUUUGUUGGGAGAAACGACCCCCCGAUUCGACCCAGCAGCCGCACUGGGAAUACCCCGAGGGUUGGCUCGUCUUUCAACAUUGGGCUUUUCAAGAGGCGUGCGCGAGAGCCGAGCAUUCUCGGGGGCAGCAGGAUAGCUCUGCAGGAGGAGGAGCCUCGGGCGAUUGAAGAUUCGGAAGCGGACAGCGAGGAUGACUUUGAGCCCGAGGCUGAAUCCACUCCCCUGAACAACAGGCGCCGCACGCAGGGGAAGAUUGAUAGCGAAGAGCCGGAGGUGCCAUAUGAAGCCGAGUCUUCAAACUCGAGAAAGCGCAAGAGUUUGGAUACGCAACAGAGCAGAGCACGGCCUGGAAAGGUGUCACGGACAGAGCCUGGUCCGUCUAGGCAGCCCGGUGAACGGGACUCAUCAGAGUUGCCAGAUGCGCCUCCGUUCUCGCAGCAUGAUCAAGUGGAUGAGACGAGCGACUCUGAACUCUCAGAAAUGUCUUUGCCGCGAGACCUCCCGGCAAGACUCCCUCCACGUCCAGUCACACCGGUCAACCUAGAGGAAAUCGCAGCCCCGCCGGCGAGCAGCGGUUCAGAAGGGCCAGAGGUGUGGCCAGACAUUCGGACGCUGGCCAAGAAGCGCCGCCGACCUUCCGUCACCACUCCCACGCGCCUCGAGAACCUCUCAGACAUGUCCUCUCCCCCAUCACUGACGCACUCACCCAACUACGACACGGCCAAGACCGGCAAGCCCCGCGGACGGCCACCACAGCGCCAGCAGCAGGAGUCCCCCAAGAUGACCACGGCUGACCUUACGAGCUUGUUGCCCAAGCGUAAGUACAAGAAAUCGCGCGAUCCGCUCGGCCUGGAGAGCGACGAGGAGCUCGACACUUCGGGAUUGGGCCACGAGGAUGACGAAUUGUCUUAUCUGGACACGCAGACUGCGCGCAGACGGAAAAGGGGCCGGCCACCUACCAAAGCUCGCUCGGCUUCUCGCGGCGGCAAGCGGACAGCAUCAUCAUCGGCUAGGCCGACGUCCUAUGCAGCCAGGUCCCGUCACUCGUCGGAUAAGGAGAAUGCAGAAAACGACGGUAGUGGGAGCGAAAACGAAGAAGUGAGCAGGUUUGAUCCUCUGGCGGAUGACACGUUCAAUGAGGCUGCUGGGGGCUCAGCUGAUGCUAUUUCUACCGAGGAGCUGAAGCAGGCGAGCAACAAGUUCAAGGAGGUGGACAAGUGGGAGCUGGAUUUUGAGGAGGUGGCUGAGCCGUCUUCGCCGCAGGAUGGGCGAUGAUGUGCCG